CGGCCGGCACAGUGCCGCCAGCCGCCAGCCGCGGCGCAUGCGCGCGACACGCACUUUUGUUUACCUUAUUUCCACACGACAGUGCUCGGAGUCGCGUCUCGGGAUACGUGAAUAACAAUUAACAUGGUUUUUGAUUAAAAUCACUGGAAUAUAUUGAAAAGUGAGAUAAUUAGUGUGUGCUGAAAAUCAAUACAUUUUCCUUGCUGUAAGGAAAAUAUAAGGGAUUUGACUCCAAUUCUGCGUUGCCGGCUGUGCGGCCGUGUGGUGCUUGGGCGCCGCGAGCGAUGGUAUGGUGUCCUGGCGGGCGGGGGUGCGCGCGCGCCUGUGCGCCGGCGCCGCGCUAGCGCUGCUGCCGCUGCUGGCCGCCGACGUCGUCUUCCGAGUACCUGAAGUACUGGUGCGUCACGCGGCGGCGUCGCGGCCGGUGGGCACGGGGCGCGCCAACGCCUCCCGCGCCAACGAGUCGGAGCCCUGGGGCGCCGGCGCCAGCGACGCGCUGCUCGAGGUGCGCUACGAGGAGUACUUCGUGGAGCACGACGUCUCCACCGCGGACGCGCGCCGGGCCGCCAACACUCUCAACCUUGAUGACGUGCCGGCGACGCGGCCGGGGUGCGGCGCGUGCAGCCAGCGCGAGCUGGAGUACUGCGAGACGCGCGUGCUGGCCGACCACUGCUGCUGCGAGCGGCGCUUCGUGCGCGAGCCCUUCCCCUGGCUGCCGCACUCCUGCUACGUGGGCGCGCGCCGCUGCCGCCCGCUGGCGCACGACUGCGCGCAGUACGCCCGUCUGCGCGACUGCUGCUGCUACAGGAAGCUUGCUGAACGAUGGAAGGGCAUCCUGUCGAAGUCGACGCGCGUGGGCGUGAGCGGCGUGUCGCUGCUGCUGCUGUCCAUGCUGCUGUUCGUGGCGUACCUGUGACGGCAGCUGCCCCGCGCCGCGCCGCCCCCAGCGCUCGUCUGAGGCACGCGCUGCUCUCCUCAACCACCAGUCAACCUGUGGACCUCUCUGUUCCGAUUCCACAUGUAUUUACCCAUUAAAAAGAAAUUUACGUGCAGGAGCCUGACUAGCUCUUUCUUCAAAAAAAUUUCUAUUUUUGUCGACGUCAUUAAGGUGUUUCUAAGUAUUUAUUAUGAAUGAUUGGUACCUAAGUAUAGCUUCUUACGUUUGAUGUCGUAGAACAUAGUCAAACUUGUAAACGCACAGAUUUACCGUAAAUAUGUAUCUCGACACUCGGUGUUGGAUCGAAAAUGUCACCUCACUAGUUUGAUUACACUCACUAAACCAAAAUCAUAAAGCUAUAUUAUAAUGAUAAAGAUAGAUUCAAUAGAAUUAAUUAAUUAAAUGUGAAUAUCAGUUAACGCAAUAGCGUCUAAAGUUUAUAGAGUAGCAAAUAGUUCUAAGAAUUAAGUAAGUAUAUGAGAAGAGAUCCAUUCUCAGUGGCGAUGACCAGCAUAAACCUUUAGUAGUAAGUACCUAAGUACAGCAGAAAAGCAUCGACGUUUAUGAAUUUUAAUUUGACUUAGCAUAGGCAACAUGAAAAAAAGCACCGGAAUGUAUCCACACAAGUACAAGCAUUAAUAUAAGUGUCGAUGUUAGUUGUCUGUCUGUCUGUGCGUAGCCUUGUUUGUAUCUCAUCAGACGUAGCUUAAGAUACACUGAGCUACACCCGCUACCUGCAGAUAGGAACCGUAGAGAGUGCACUGCGCACGCGACGCAAUAACUAAUACUUACUGAUAAAUAACAUAGCACAUAAAUAGCUAAAAUAAAUAAGGACUUGCUUGAUAAGUACUAGUUCAAAAUCUCAAAAAACAUGAUUUCCUGUAUCAAAUUACCCAUAUCUGAAACCCUUAUUUAUUUGGUUUUUAACGGUACUGUUUAACUUCUAUGAAUUCCUCUAUCGACGAAAACACAUUUCCUAUCAUCAGUUGCGUGUUUAAUCUUGUAUCAAAACAGUUUGUUUUUUGACUAAGUGCAAAGCUAACUUAUUCUGUAAUCUCUAAGCUUUGGGUUUGAUUCGGAACUGAGAUUUAACACUAACAUACAAUAUUUCGUGUACCUAACCAUCAGGAAUAGGUACCUAUACCUAAUCGGCAUUCGAUUUGUCUAUCGCAGUGGAAGAGAUUGAAUAAUAUAAAAUGUUAAAAAGAUUAAUCAUGUUUUUGACAGCUAGCAGUGACAUCAAGCAGUGAUAAAUCUCAUUUCGGAAACCAGACCAACUGUUAAUAAUAUAGCAAGUAAAGAUAUAAUAUAAUAGUUAGAUAGGUAGCGUUAAAAACAGAUCAUCAUGAGAUCUUAGAUUAUACAAGACAUAAACGGGGAAUCUGUAGUUUGUACAUGUCGAUGUUAAAUAAUAAGAUAUUGCUAACUAAGUACCAAAUAGACGAGUUUAUGAAGCAUCUUUGUAAAUACAUGUAGAGCGAACGAUGCGUAUAUAUUCGAGAAAUAUGUAUAAUAGAUUAAGUACCAAAUGUUUUGUCUAAAAUGUUCUUGAUCAAUGGUUUUAAAACCUACAUAUAUAUCUCACUUUAAAUCCCAAUAGGCAACUAGAUAAAAUAUAACAACUAGGUUACCUACCCUUGUUUUAUGAACCGGAAACUAAUAAUCUACAGCAAAAUUGAGUGUAUUUGAUUCAGUAACGUAUCGUUUCAAUAGCUAACAAUUUUUUAUAUUUUCAGCUAGACUUGUAGUUAGAAUGGCUAUAAGCUAUUAGAAUAGCAAAAAUACGAUAUUAUGUAAAUACAAUACAAACACAAUAUGACAGAAAGUCAAUAGUUUGGCAACAGUUACUGUCGCGUCGCCUCAUAACGCACUAGCCAUAAUAUAUUCAAUGAAUCUUUCUACAAAGUAUUAAAAUAUUUACGAAAUACUGCGUUACCAUCAACACGCGUACUAAGCAUCAUUGUAUUGUCAAGGCAAUGUUCAUAAAUAAACUACCAAUAUCGAUUUUUCUUAGGCAUUGUAUGGAAACAUUAAAUCCUGACUUUACCGUCAAUAUAAAAACUUUGCGCCACUCACACUUGACAAUACAAUGGCUGCCGAGGUAAGCUUAUUAACUUGUAUCGUAAUUUAUUGUAAGCCGACAUUGUACAUAUAGGAGUCGUGGACACACCACGCGAUAGUGUAGGCUGUACCUAGUGCAGGUCUAAUUAAGUUAAUUAGGAAAUAAUACGGUGGAACACGUGACAUUUUAACCAUUUUCUUGUGACGGCACACGUGGGCACCAAGUUUCAACUCAUCAUCUAUUGAUGUAACCACUAGAGACCACCAGAAAAACACACAGGUAAAACAGCUACACACAGUUUGGUUAGUGUACACGCAGUCAAAACAAAUCUGUCAUGUAUAAAUGCAGUUUUCAGUUUGACGAAGCUUGGAUUUACAUAAUAAACCUGUAAACCACACAGGUAUUUGACAUAUUUAGCGAAAUUAUUCUGGGUAAGUUCAAAGGACAAAAACGGUUAAAAUAUCACGAGCAUUCCAAAUUAACGAGUAAGGAUAAGCAAUUGUAUGUACAUAUAACAAAAGAAAAAUCGCGAUAAAUAGAGCUUACUAACUUUAAGUUAUUGUUUGCAGCCAAAGGCUCUAGUUGUAAGUCAAUGUUCAUUGUUUUAGAGUUUUAUUUAUUUACUUUCUUGUUUUGUGUACGUAGUGUUGUGUCUUGUGAGGAGAGGGUUAACUGAAAGAUACCUGAGGCAGGGGUCAACUGACCGUUGUCACUUGUGGAGUGUGAAAGGUUUAAAACUUAUUUUUAUAGAUCUUCUUGUGAAUGAAUGAAUAUAUUUUGGUCGCUGUAAGUAUAAGCUGUAUUUAUAUUUAAUGAUAAAGUACCAUCUUACUACAUCUCAAAGAUAUAGUAAUAGAGCAUAGCAUAGCUAAGCCGGGCGUACCCAAAGAGCUCAUAAAGAAACCUAGAUGUAAAUAAUAGUAACUAGUGAGUAAGUGUUCAGCUCAUGACACAUCAAACAUAUUCUAAAGCCAUGCAUUACAUUACCGCGUAGUCUAUGUAUGUAUGUAGUGAACAUAACGUUAUAUCGUAAGCAUCACAUUAUGUACCCCUCGGUGUUUCAUCCGUAGUGACACUUCAUAGAAAUGUCUAUCGAUGUGAGUGAAAUAAAAGUUACCAAAAUGGA